CGCUCUGCCUGCGUUACCGUGUGUCUGCGAAGGAAGGGAGGACUGGCAGCUUAGAAAAUAAACAAAAGACGAGCCCGGAUUAAUAAAUGUUUUUGACGAAAUCGAGAAUCUUUUAAUCGCGCGUUUGCAGUCUUUAGGUUGACCUAUCAGCAACGGCUGUCCGACCGGCCAUGAAUCCCGACCUAUCACUGCGUGUGAGCGUCUUCUCCGAACAAGGAGGAAGGAAAUACAUGGAGGAUUUAACCGAGGUGAUCGUGGAGCUCGAGCCCAGCGAGGAUGAGCUGCGGGCAGCCGGGCACACCGAUCCGAAGCCGGAUCAGGAGCCGGUCUCUGAAAGCGACCCGCCGGACUGCGCGGACAAGCCUUUGCCCGUCACGGUAACGUGGAGGAACACGCUGUCUACCGACGAGAGCGACGGAACGGAGCCGGCGGCGGGGGACAGCAGGAGAUCCGUCGCGUUCUUUGCCGUGUUUGACGGCCACGGAGGACGGGAAGCCGCGCUGUUCGCCCGGGACCAUCUCUGGGACUUUCUCAAGAAGCAGCGGGGCUUUUGGUCGAAGGAUUACCGGAAAGUUUGUGCCGCGAUUCGCAAGGGUUUCAUCGCAUGUCACCAUGCAAUGUGGAAAAAGCUUCCUGAAUGGCCAAAGACAUUAACUGGCCUCCCCAGUACUUCGGGCACUACAGCCAGUGUGGUGGUCAUCAGAGGAGACCGCAUGUUUGUGGCUCAUGUCGGGGACUCGUCUGUAGUGUUGGGUGUGAGGGAAGACCCAGCUGAUAAAGUCAUCAAAGCUGUGGAGGUCACGCAAGACCACAAGCCCGAGCUCCCGAAAGAGAAGCAGAGAAUUGAGGGACUGGGUGGCAGCGUGGUGAAGAAGUCUGGUGUAAACCGUGUGGUGUGGAAGAGGCCUAGGCUAACUCACAACGGCCCGGUCAGAAGGAGCACCCCGAUCGAUCAGAUCCCCUUCCUCGCUGUCGCCAGAGCUCUGGGUGAUCUGUGGAGCUAUGACUUCUACAGUGGUGAGUUUGUGGUGUCUCCCGAGCCUGACACCAAUGUGGUGACCCUUGACCCUAAACGGCAUCGAUACAUCAUCGUUGGCAGCGAUGGCCUUUGGAACAUGGUGCCACCGCAGGAGGCAGUGACUGUGUGCCAGAGCCACGAUGAAGCUGUGGCACCUUUCGGGAUGUCAGUUGCGCGUCGGUUGGGAUGCCACGCAUUGAUGCGAUGGCGCCAGCGCAUGCUCCGUGCAGACAACACCAGCGUCAUAGUCAUCGCCCUUCCUGAGCCUGGCAAACCUCACCUACCUAUGCACAGAGACGAGGUCAUACUUAGCCUGGCAGAGGGCUCGCAUUGUGACUUCGCAAUAGGGUCCCGCUCCAUCACACCACUCAUCAAGACCCCAGAUCCCGACCUGUCCUCAGCCAGCAGCGAGUCUUUGCCUGCGCUGGAGAGGAGGAACGGUUUGUCAGGAGUGAGUCUGAGCGCAGAACCCCUGUUAGAGGAAAACCUCCCUUACACCGAGCUCACGGACAAAGCUGUGUGCCCCAGCGAGGGUAACCGGACCCCAGAGACGCCCCUGUCCCCACCGGAUGUGUCGAGCCCGGUGGGGAAGAGGCCCAGACGGAGCCCCCUCACCUUAAGCAGCUCCCGCCGGAGGACUAGUGAACGCUCCGUGCCCAAACGCAACGCCGGAAAGAGUCCCAAACGGACCCCCAGCGUCCCUAUACUCCAGCCCCGCAAAGCAACCCUCUGCGUCUGCUGAACUCCUCCAUCAGACUAAUACUAAGACGACGUACAUCCUGGUUUCUGAUGCUCUGCAUGGUCACAAGAAUAAAUAACUGCUAUUGUUUCUGUCCAUGUUUUUACUUUGUGCCACUGUUUCUGUUUGUAAUGUAGUUUUUUUUGUCUCUUUAUCAUUGUAUUUUUCUUUCAUUUUAAUGGUGUAAAGGUGAGCGUAAAAAAAAAAGAAGUCCUUUUUAGCAAUCAGAUUUAUAGUAAUUUUAUAAAACAAAUGCUGAUCAAAGGAAUAUUCAUUUAAAGGAUGUAUCUAAUCUUUUAAAUUAAGCAGCGUUAUUCAUCUCCGUCUUUAAGAUUUCAUGAAAUGCCUGUACAGAUUUUCUGAAAAUGACCAAAUAGUUGGAGGUAUACAAAAUAUAUUUUUAUACUUGUUAUAUUUUUCAAAAUAUCAAAUUUUCUCGCCCCACAUUGCUUGUGUGCACAUUUGCCCUUGCCAAUAUACUUUAUUGUUUGUGCAUUAAAUAUUCACACCGGUAUUCAAUGUAUUUGUUAGCGUUGUCCCGACUUUCUCAUUUUGAGUUGCUGCGUAUUUUUUUGUUUUCAGAGAGCAUGAGUUAAGACGCAUCUAAGACGUAUCUCUGAUCAUCGGACUAAUGUAUUUAUUUUCUUUUGAUAACGCUUGAGGAUUGCAUGUUCUGUUAUAUCCUUAGAAACCGUCUUUUUCUUGGAGCGUUUUGUUUCUUGACUGUUCACCUUUUCCGUAUGUAUUUCGGUAUCGUAAGUUAUUUAAUAUCGAUAAUGUCUGUUAAUGUAAAGCAGAUAACAUCUUCCAACACCAGUUCCAGAGCUAACGUGAAGUGUGUUUAUGAGCCGAUGUUUAGACGAAGGUGUGUACAGCACGUUUUUGACGGGAUGUUUGUCGCCCCGUGUUUUGAGACUUUGCCUUUUCCGAGGAGAUUUUCCAGUAAACUGUCAAGGUGGAUAAUAAGUGAUGUUUUCAUGGUGUUUUUACCCUUAGAGAUGAACUUUCACUAUGUGUUAUAGUGGCAGCUUUGGUUUGACUGCUCAUGUGAUGUUGCCUGAAUGACAGUGGCUGUUUGAUGGAUGGUUUCUUUCAAAAAAAAAAAAAAAAAAAAAAAAAACAUAUUUCCAACACAUCUACGAAGGCCCUAGAUAAUGACAUUUGAGAGAUAGAGGAAACGUAAAUGAUAUCGUUUAGAUCGGAUUCUGCAUGUUAAAACCUGUAGAGUGUGAUUUAUAUUAUUUUUAAUUUUUGUACCCUUUUGUUCCCUGCCGAAAGCGGUGGCGAUGUCAAGUUGUAAUAUCUCCUUCAACAGGGACAGUUGGGCUUCGUGGAGGCUUUCCUCUUUCACUGUGGUUUUCUGAAAUGGGUGAUCGGUUGGAUUUAACUGUAUCUCUCUUUAAAAGGGGAUGGAGUAUUAGUAUAUUGGAUGCUGUCUUGUUCAGGGUUUGGUUUAUUUUUUUGGAAUUGCAAUAAAGAGAUGCUCUGUUUUGUGUUUAAAUAGUUA